AUGGAUCGCGAAAAGCGUCGAACGGUCGAGGAAGAAGAAGAAAUCGACCGAAAAAUCGCCCUCAUUCGGGAAAAAAACCAAAGAAUUGAGCAGCGCGCAAAGGAGAUUGAAGAGGAUCGUGCGUUGAACGGCGGUGAGAACGAAAAGACUCCGAAACCAGCGGCUGCUCAGCAAUCAAAUGCAACAGCGGGAGCUAAAAAAGGAAAUAAUGCCAAUCAAUGGAGCCGAGAAUGGGAUAAAGGAAAAACGCCAGCUGACACGUGGCGUGAGAAUGUGCCUUCGAUCGAUUUGAAGGGAAAAUUGGCUAGUCAGAAGCAUUCCAAUAAUGGAAAACCGAAAAACCAUCAAAGAAAAGAUGGCGAAGGAAACCAUGCAAGACCCAAGAUUCCGAAUCGUUUGGAAGGUCGUAUCACAUUCACGAACAAUGCUGAAGGAGAUAAGCAACAUGGAAAGAAGUCCGAAAAGAAGGAAGGUGGAAAAGAGGUUCCAAGGGAUCGAAAACAUCAUUCAAAGCCGCACCAGACGUUGCAACAGCCGAAUCACAACGACGGUUCAAAAGGCCAUCGUCGCAGAAACCAAGAGCAGAAGAGAGGCGGCGAAGGAAAAGAGAAAGAAAAGAAGGAGACGUCGGCGAGCGACGAUGUUCAGAAAGCCGUCAGAAGACAGAAGCCGCGCAAUCGACGCACACAUGAAAGUGAUAACUAUGCAGUGAAGAAGGUGGUUCGCGGAAUGGUCGAGAAGAUUUGUUGGCUCGAAAGAUUGGAGAAGAGGAAGCAAAAGAAGGCAUUAGGUGAGAAGGAAAUCACUCAGAAGGAAGAAGCUGAUGAAGCUGGAAAGAAAGAAGAAAAAGAAGAGGUCCGAAAAAGCGAAGAUGCUCGAAAUAAAGAAGAAGAAAAGAAGGAUGUCGAAGGUGUCGUCGAGAUGAAAGCUGAAAACGAAAAAGAGAUUCCGACUGAAAAAAAGACAAACGAUGGAAAAGACGAUGCAGUUGAAAAUGGCGAGAAAAAGUCGGAAGAAUCAGAACGAAUUGAAAAAAACGAAAAGAUUGAAGAAGACGCGAAUCAGAAUGUGAUCAGUCUUGUUCAAGAGAAAGUCGUCACAAUGACAACUUCGCAAGUCUCUUAA